UCUUGGAGCUGGGGGGGCUCCGCUCGGACCGUCGGCGAGGAGGCGGCGAACCUCCCGUCAGGCUCGUUCUGCGCUGUGAAACGCUUGGCGCGCUUCGGGAGUGUAGCAAUUAGAAAAGAAUCACCGUCUGCUUUUCUAUCGAAUUGUGGUUGCGUUUUCCUUUUCCAGUCUGUGUGUUCUUCUGGAGCGCGUUUUCCAGUUCAUUUCAAUGCAGAAGGAGCUGACUUCUGUAGGCUGUCUCCAUCUGGUGAAGCGAAUGGAAGUGGGAUGCUCGGGAAGUCUGCGUUCCUUGCAUGCUAACCUAAAUGCCGAAGCAGACACUGAGGCUUAAAAGCUUGAGAAUAAGUCAUGACUCUGAGACGUGACACUGGCCUGACUUCCCGUGAUUCCUUUCAGUUCUCACUUGUGACUUGUCAAGAGUCCAAAAGCUUUGCAGGGUCUCCUUCAGAGGAUUAUCUGACUGGCCUGCCUCAUUCUGCCAUCAGCUAGGAGUUCAGAAUCACAAGGUUGGAAAGGACCUACAAGAUCAUCCAGUCCAAAGGAGGAGUAACUUCUAGUUAUUGGAAGAAUAGAAGCAUGCUUUCCACUGAGACUUGCACUAACAUUUGUGAUACAGAAUGUCUCUAAGUGAGAAGAACAGCGUGGUUUUUGCAUACGAGUCUUCAAUACAUAGUACCAAUGUACUUCUCAGUCUCGAUGAUCAGAGAAAGCAAGAUAUUCUUUGUGAUGUCACUAUUUUAGUGGAAGACCAGCGAUUUCGGGCUCACAAAGCUGUGCUUGCAGCUUGCAGUAGUUACUUCCUUUCAAGAAUUGUGGGCCAAUUGGAUGCUGAUCUUAUCAUCACUUUACCAGAAGAGGUAACACUUAAAGGAUUUAGUCCUUUGCUUCAGUUUGCAUACACAGCUAAACUUAUUUUAAAUAAAGAUAACGUAUCUGAAGUCUGCAAGUGUGCUGAAUUCUUGGGCGUACGGAACAUUGAAGAGUCUUGCUUUCAGUUUCUCAAAUUCAAAUUUUUGGACUGUAAAUCAGAACAGGAAUGUCCCAGGAAGAAAUGCUGCACACAGCAUUGUAGGGAAGUAAACCCUAAAAUUAGCAACGCAGAUGAUGGAGACCUAGAAAUAGACGAUGAAGCAGAAGAACUUCUAGAAAAAGAAUAUAUUCAAACCUCACAUACAAAGCUCUGUAAAGAUGAUGAAAAUGCAAAAGCGUCACCUGCCCUUCAAGAUAACACCAACCCAACCUCAGAUCUUAUGCAUUUAGAAAAAGGUAAUGUUUCCAGCUCAUCUUCCCAGUGCCCCAAGUAUAGGAAAUUCCAGAAAGCUUUUGGAAAUGACAAAGUUCAUACUUCAGAUUCCAGUUCCAGUACUAAAGACGUCCAGGUGCCACCAAUUGUAACUUUUAUUGAGAAAGAAAUACCUGAUAAUGACAGCACACCAAAAGCUCAGGAGUGUGUACCUCUGCAGCUGGCCUCAAAGUGUGAAGAGACUCAGGUGAAAAUGGAAGAAGGGGAGGAGGAAGACAUCGAGAAAAAAGAAUCGAAGAGAGAUUCUGUGACUCAAAGCGUCUCGUGUCCUGUGGAGAAAACGGAUGUUGCUGCUUUCCCCCAAAACACUGCUACGCCUCAUGGACUUAAUUCUGUGUCUUUUUUACGUACUUGUGAGCAAUAUGGUAACUUAAAUUUCAGUUGUAUGCAAAGCACCACAAUCUUACCUGAAAAAACUGCAGCAGGUACCGGAGCUGAGAGUGAGAAAAUGGAAAGUCACGACAAUGUAACUUUAAAGGUUGAUUUGUGUGCUAGGGAAGCCAUUAACAUUACAUCAACUGGUGAUCGGAGCAGUGUAGAGAGAGAGGUAGCAGAACAUCUAGCAAAAGGGUUCUGGAGCGAUAUUUACAGUACAGAAGCCUGUCAAAUCCAUUUACCAUCUGCAGUGCCAAAAGAACGCUUGGAGCCUGUGUAUUCAGGGAAGAAAUCAGAGUGUCCGUGGCUGGGAAUCAGGAUCAGUGAAAGUCCUGAACCUUGCUCUCAACGAACUUUUACGACGUUGAAUUCUGUCAACUGCCCCUUCAUAAGCAAUCUUAGUACUGAAGGAUGCUCCAACAGCUCUGAAAUAAGCACUGGAGAUUAUGUUCAAGGGCAACAGCAAGAACAAUGUCCCUAUAAUUAUGUGAUAAGUUUGGGGGAGGAUUCAGAAACUGAUACUGAGGGAGACAGUGAAUCCUGUUCAGCUAGAGAACAGGAAUGUGAGGUAAAACUGCCAUUUAAUGCACAAAGGAUUAUCUCCCUUUCCAGAAAUGACUUUCAGUCAUUUCUGAAAAUGCAUAAAUUAACCCCUGAGCAAUUGGACUGUAUUCAUGAUAUUCGAAGACGAAGUAAAAAUAGAAUUGCAGCGCAGCGAUGUCGUAAGAGAAAACUUGACUGCAUACAAAAUCUCGAAUCUGAAAUUGAGAAACUGCAAAAUGAGAAGGAAAACUUGCUGAAGGAGAGAAACCUCAUUUUGUCAACUCUGGGUGAGACAAAGCAGAAUCUGACCGGUCUUUGCCAGCAGGUGUGUAAGGAAGCAGCCUUGAGUAACGAGCAAAUACAAAUACUUGCAAAAUAUUCUUCCUCGGAUUGUCCACUUUACUUUGCAUUCCCGGAGAGAGAACGAACAGCUCCAUCUGAGAGCGAGCUCACAACACCAACAACUGCAGAGUUAGUAGAUGCUCUUUCGAGUGCUACACCUACAAAUGAGCAGAGUUCUUGUUUUCAGCGUGUGAAAAGUGUGUGUGAUGCAACAUUUGAUCAAGUACAAGAACUACACCCAGUUCCUGUAAGAACAUUGGAAAAAACUUCACUUGUGGAACAAUGUGGACAGAGUGGUGCUAUCACAGACUUCUGUCAGCAAAUGACUGAUAAAUGCACUACAGAUGAGUAAAUCUAUUCUCUUCCUGUUGCCAGCUUCUCAGCAUUGCAAUUUAAAAUGAAAUUGAGCAUUGUCGUGCAGUAAUUUACUAAGUGAAAGGAAAGAUUAAUAUUUCUUUUAAAGCUGUAUGGAGAAUUACGCAGCCAUUAUUGGCAAGCUUCGGUUUGCUCUGUGUAGCUCUAAAGUGUAAUUUGUAUGUGUCAGCCUUGGAGCUUUUUUCUGCGUGGUGAUGGCAAGGGAAUGUUCAAGUGAGUUGUUUGAAAGUAUAAACGUUGUGCACAGAUGUUGAUUUGUGAGGAAGUUUUCAUUCAGCUAUAAGUAGCCUUCACUCUGCUUUAUGCCACAGUACCUAAUGCCGCCCUACAUCUCAAGUAAAUGUUCCUGACAGAUGUUAAUGACUUCUAUACAUGGAGUGCUUUUUUUCUUUAAGAUGGUUUUUGAUCUCUCUCUGUCAGACAAGCCUUGGGAAGCAUAUGAAGCCUGGUGAAUGUUUAUUUUAUACGUGAGUUAAGAUAACAUAGUUUGAGGAGAUUCUGGCAGAUGUGCUCUAGAACAACUCAUUGCUUCCUGCUGUUCCCAUCCCUAUAACAAGAGCCAGCUUUUAUUGAAUAUUUGUCUUAGCUCUCCCAUGUAUAGUUAAGAUGACUGGAAAAGCAAAGGUGCUGCAGCAUACUGCUCUCUUCUCUGGUUUUUGUGUGAGAAAUAACAACACAGUACAAAAGGCAGAAAUGUGAUUAAAAAUUUGUUGUUUUUACAGCAUGCAUUGAAUCCUCUGGCAUCUGAAUCGCAGAUGCUUGCUAAAAUUCCUUGAUGUACAAUGAUGUUCUGUCCUAGCAUCUAUUGACCUUAUUGCUAUUUAUGAUAAAUUGGAAUCAAACUGUUGUGAAAGAUUAAGGACAGUUAUUGUUGUUAUUCAGGUAGUCAGGCACAAAUUCUUCAUAACUUGAGCGUCUAAUUGCAUUUUAAGCAAUCUAUGUUUUUGUUCUGUGAUCACUGGGACCAGUAAAGAUCUAUUUCACAAUUUUAGUUUUCAGAAUUCCUGGCUAAACCUGUAAUGCAUUUUCAAUGGCUUAUGUUAUAAGUAUAAACGUAUAAGAAGUAUAACAGGUAAAAGAGCUGUAAAGAUGACUUUCACUUCAUUUGUGGAGGAGAAAUUCAGCCACUAAGAUAAAAGAAACUUUAAGUAAUCCCUAUUUUAUUUAAGAUUUUUAUGUGGAAGUAGAUGCAUAUUGGAUGCUGAUGACUCUUUGUUACUUAAAUGUUAUUCUCACACCAGAACUAAGUAUUGAACCUCACCACAGAAAACUUUGGUUUUGCUGGUUUACAAAACAUGAAGAAUCUUUUACAAGCCAGUGGAAUUCUUCAUUUCCUACCUCAGAAUGUGUAUUAGCUGUUUGUGUCUUUGUGUGCAUGUAUAGUAGGCAGCGGCUAGAGCAAAGGACUGUUGUAAAUACUGCUUUGCAGUUUUGUCUUGCAGUGAGACAGAACUUGCUAAAGAAACUUCUUGGCAAAGUUUUGUUUUUUUUCCUUCCUCUUACUAGGUAACAUAGCAUUAAUAAAUAUAUUAAGACUAUCAGGCCAUUUAUUUAAAACAAAAAAUAAAAUUGAGUUUCAGCAGAACUUCUCUUAACCAGCACCUAAUACAAGUGACUACACUACCUCAUCUGUGGGAUUGAAGGUUAAUUCAAAUCUCUAGUAAUAGUAAUAUCUUUGGAUUUCCAUUAUACAUCAUUACUUUAAGGAGAAAAUUUAUGUUAAUGGAGCAUAGCUUGUAUAAAUCACAGUGCUUGCGGUGAUUGAAAUUCAGAAAUAAAUACUUUAUUGUGGACAUCAUGGAACUUACUAGUUUGAAAAUACUCAGAUAAUUGAAUUGAAAUUCUUUUCAAUGAGCAGCAUUUACAUAUGUUGAUCCUGUAUGUGCAUUACUCAUGAAGCUCUGUGUCUGUUCUCCAGCAUCUGUUUAUCUCUGAUUAAUUUAAUACUGCCUCCCUCAUGUGCUGCCUUCGUGGGCGGUAUAUUAAGUGUCUGUUUUUCUUGUUGGUUCGCUUUAUAAGUAAUAUUAAAAACAGAGUCCCAAACCUUCUGCUGUCCAUAUGUAACAUCACUUUUCAAAGUCGGUGAUAUUCUGCAAUGACAUGGAUAAUGACAUAAAGCAUUAUCCUAUAGUAUGUGUACUUUAAAAUGGGAUUUCUUGGGUUAGAUAUACUUGUUAUGAAUUGAUUGAGCGUAUAUGUAGACAAUGACUGGCAGGGAAUAUCAAUGAGUCCAGUGGCCCUAACCCCUGAUUCACCUGCCUGUGGAUGACCAAGUCCCAGAAGGUAGAGUAUCCACCAAAAAGAAUUGUUGCCACGGUCUGAUCAGCCAUGGCUGAAUUCCAUCUAGCGAAUAUUGUGGGGCUUCCAGUGCGGAAGCAAUGGCUGUUAUUUCAUGUCUGGUUAUGAUAAAAUUAAUGUAAUGUAUUUAAUCCUAUGAUGAAAAUGAUGAAGUUUGAGGGUAGGCUUUUGCCUAACCAGCUGUAUCUAAAUUUGUAAAAUAUUUAUUUAAUACACUAGACACACAAGUUGCAUGUUGACUUCUAUAGGCUAUACCAUCAACUUGCAAAAGUUAAAAAUGAAUGACAGUUUUCUGAUACUGAUUCUCAGGUAAAUGUUUUGGAGUUUUUUUUUUUUUUUCCAGUAAAGAAAUGCUCAAUUUUGAAAUUGUAAAAUACUUUGUUAAAGCAUGUUUUAAAGUACUUUGGACAGAAUAUCUUAAAGCCAUAAGAGUAUGAUGGCAUACAGAUUGUAAAAUAAACAGAUAAUUACAACAGUUGAUUUUGUAUCUUUCAUAAUUCAGUAUUUUCUAAGACUACAAUAAAAACCACUAUCCUUUCUACAAA